UUAGGGCGGAGCUCCAAGGGCGAGAGACCGUCUCCGUGUGCGUCCACGACAGUUUUCGCGGCGGAUUGGGGAAUCGUCUGUAAUGGCGGCAGAGGCGCUGGCGGAGGCAGGAACGAGUGUGACGGCACUAUCUAUGCCCGGUCCUGACAGCACCGGCAAGUCGCCCGAAGCAGGAGAAGGAAUUGCAGCAGCGGGCGAAGAGCUGGACCCCGCCACUAGAGGAGCGGAGGCCGUUAGGGACAGCGAGGAGGAUGGGGAGGACGUGUUCGAGGUGGAGAAGAUCCUGGACAUGAAGAACGAGGGGGGUAAGGUCCUUUAUAAAGUUCGAUGGAAAGGAUACACAUCUGAUGAUGAUACCUGGGAGCCUGAGAUUCAUCUGGAGGACUGUAAAGAAGUUCUUCUUGAAUUCAGGAAGAAAGUUGCAGAGAACAAAGCUAAAGUAGUUAAGAAAGAUAUUCAGAGACUGUCUUUAAGUAAUGACAUAUUUGAAGCAAACUCUGAUAGUGACCAGCAAAGUGACACAAAUGAAGAUACUUCCCCAAGGAAGAAAAAGAAAAAAUUAAGGCACAAAGAAGAGAAAAGUCCAGAUGAUCUGAAAAAGAAAAAAGCAAAAACUGGAAAAGCAAAAGAGAAGCUCAGAUCAGAGCUGGAGGGCUCCUCUGAAAAUUUAGCUUUUGACUUAAGGACAAAGAAAAGAAUUUUGGAAGCCAAGGAAGAAUUAAAGGACUCCAAAAAGGCCAAAAAGGAUGAAAUAAAAGAAACUAAGGAAUUAAAGAAAACUAAAAAGACUGAAAUAAGAGAUUUAAAGUCUAAAAUCAGAGAAGAUCUCAAAGACAACCGAAAAACAAGAAAAGAGAAAUAUGUUGAAACUCAGCUGGAGUCUGGAUCAACUGUAUUUGAUGAUUCCCCCUUUCUGGAGGAUGACAAUGAAGAGUUUUACUCUGACAACAGAGAAGAAAAUCAAAGAAUAAAAACUUUGAAAGAUAUGGCAGAGCAGGAUAUAGUGCAAGAGGGUAUUUUUGAGAAACUGGAUGGUCCUGUAAGUGCUGAAGAGAACGCUGAUAUCAGAGUUAGGAGGAGGAAGAAGAAACCAAGGAAAUUCGAGGAAGCAAAGGAGACCAAGAAGCUAGAAGACACAACUACCUUCUCAGAGAGGAAAACUAUCCCUAAAAAACAAAGAAAUCAAGACAAAGGCAGAAGUAAACUAGAGUUAAAUAAGAUAUCACCAUCUGCAUCUGCCCAAACUCAGAAGAGUACCAGGUUGGAAGAGAGGGACCUCAGGUCCCCUGACACCACAGAGGAGGAGAAAGAGACCAAAAAAAAUGAACCCAAAGAAAAAUCUCAGAAAAGAUAUGAUUUGGAUAAGGAAGAAAAAACUCGAAAAGAGCCAAAGGGAUUAAAAUCAUUUAAGGAAAUCAGAAAUGCAUUUGAUUUAUUUAAAAAAACAACGGAAGAAAAAAAUGAUGUUCUUGAGAAUAAUUGGAAAAGAGAUGAGAUACCACUGGAUUAUAAGACUACAGAUGACCACAAAACCAAGGACAACAAGUAUUCACUUAAUGAAAGGAGAAAUACUAGAGAUGAAACUGAUACCUGGGCAUACAUUGCUGCAGAAGGGGACCAGGAGGUUUCAGACAGUGUAUGCCAAAUGGAUGAGAAUUCAGAUGGCAGGCAACAGAUACUGAGUUUGGGUAUGGACCUGCAGUUGGAGUGGAUGAAAUUAGAAGAUUUUCAAAAGCACCUCGAUGGGGAAGAUGAGAGUUUUACCACAACAAAUACAAUUCCAAGUAAUUUGUUGAGGGAUGCUGUGAAAAAUGGAGAUUAUAUUGCUGUAAAGGUUGCACUCAACUCAAAUGAAGAAUACAACUUGGACCAAGAGGAUUCUAGUGGAAUGACCCUGGUGAUGCUGGCUGCUGCAGGAGGGCAAGAUGACCUCCUGAGACUCCUCAUCACCAAAGGUGCCAAAGUGAAUGGGCGCCAGAAGAACGGGACCACAGCCCUCAUUCAUGCUGCCGAGAAGAACUUUUUAACCACAGUGGCUAUUCUUUUGGAAGCUGGAGCUUUUGUAAAUGUCCAGCAGAGCAAUGGUGAGACUGCACUCAUGAAGGCAUGUAAAAGAGGAAAUUCGGACAUUGUACGUCUUGUGAUUGAAUGUGGAGCUGACUGCAACAUUUUAUCAAAGCACCAAAAUAGUGCACUAUAUUUUGCAAAGCAGUGUAAUAAUGUGCUUGUGUACGACUUGCUCAAGAGCCAUUUGGAGACGCUUUCAAGAGUUGCAGAAGAGACAAUCAGGGAUUACUUUGAAUCUCGCCUUGCUCUCCUGGAACCUGUUUUCCCAAUAGCAUGUCAUCGACUCUGUGAGGGUCCAGAUUUCUCAACAGAUUUCAAUUACAAACCCCCUCAGAACAUACCAGAAGGCUCUGGUAUCCUGCUCUUUAUUUUCCACGCAAACUUUCUGGGUAAAGAAGUUAUUGCUCGGCUCUGCGGACCGUGCAGUGUACAAGCCGUAGUUUUAAAUGAUAAAUUUCAACUUCCUGUCUUUUUGGAUAGUCAUUUUGUGUACUCAUUCAGCCCUGUUGCAGGCCCCAACAAGCUGUUUAUAAGGUUGACAGAAGCACCCUUUGCCAAGGUGAAGUUGCUAAUAAGUGCUUACAGAGUACAGCUGCACUGACCAAAGGAUUGAGACCAGACCUGUUUUCAGAUGGACUCCUAAGUAUCCUCUUUGAAGCAGUUUGGGAUUCUGGCACACUUAAAAUGUUCAAAUGUUCAUCUAUAGAACUUGGAGUUUAAGCCUGUCACCUGUUAGUCUGUAAGGUAGAACAGAGGCUCUACCUUCAUAUUCUAUGUGUAAGUAUUUGUGCAACAGUUCAAAAUGUCAGUGUUGUAUCCAGACUGCAUAUUUUAUUUCCACAAUGUGGAAUGGUACAUAUGAGGACUAUUUAAGAAAAUUAAAGGCUUUUGAACUUGAAA